AUGGUUCCAAAGGGGGAACUCUCGAGGGAGAUAGCAAACCAUACGGCGACGGCCAAUGCACUCACAGUUGAGCGGACCCAGCACCAGACAACGGCGAAGUUGCUUGCGACCGAGCAGUCGAACCACCAGAGUACAAGCAAAGCCCUCGCGACCGAGCAGGCAAACCACCGAAACACCAUUAACGCCCUCAUGACGGAGCGAUCGAACCACCAGAACACAAGAACCGCCCUUGCUACGGAGCAGACGAACCACAGGAACACGACCAAUGCCCUCGCGACUGAGAAGAUGAACCACAAGGCGACCGCAGAUACCUUAGCCGCCCGGCGGAACGCCCACCAGCAGACGAUGAACUUCUUGGCAUCGGAGCAGGCAAAUCAUCGUAAUACAGCCAACUCGCUCUCGUCGGUGAAGUCACAGCUUAAAACGGCCAACAACACCAUCACUUCGCUGCGCGUCUCGGGUUCACACGAGAAAUGUGUUGUCAUGAGCGGGGUGGAAAGGCUCAUGGAGCGUUACGGGAGACUCUUUGACAGAAUCCACUUCCUCGAAUUGGGAAAGACGUGGUACGACCGGCCGUACCCCGAAGGCUUGACCCAGAGGGCUAGCGGCAAGUGGGUGGUCGAAUGGCGCCGGGAGAUAUAUGUCGAUAAUGACUAG